CAGGACGGGCGUGGGGAAGGAACAGUUAAUGAGAGCGCCCGCUGUGCACGUUACAACAAAGGGCUGGCAGCUCCUGGAGGAAGGGCUCGGGAGCCGCGCUCAGACUUGUCAGUCAGCAGAGCAGCAGCCGGCGCCGCCCGCCCGCCUGGCGCACCCUCAUUACAUGUGUCUGUCUGGCUGACCGGUGUGUCCGUCUGCUCCCAGACGCCGCUGCCCCGCCGGCGGCCCCGGCUGCUCCCUGGCGGGACUGAGGGCGGAUUUGUCCGGCUCCCGGUCACCCCUGCCCCUCUCCCAGGGAGGCUCCUGACCUAUGGUGGCCGGGGACUUCCUGCAGCUUAGGCCGGGCUGGGACUCCUAGGAUGGACGAGGCGGCGCUGCUGCGGGAGCGGCUGCAGGCCAUCACGGAUAAAAGGAGAAUACAGGAGGAAAUCUCCGAGAAGCGCCUGAAGAUAGAGGAGGAGAAGCUGCAGCACCAGCACCUGAAGAAAAAGGCCCUGCGGGAGAGCUGGCUGCUGGACGGCGUCGGCGGCGGCGGGAAGGAGCAAGAGGAGCUGAAGAGGCAGAACCAGCAGGACCAGCGGCAGAUCCAGGCCCUGGACCAGAGCAUCCUCAGGCUUGAAAAGGAGAUCCAAGACCUGGAAAGGGCGGAGCUGCAGAUCUCGACUCACGAGGAGGCGAUUUUAAAGAAACUGAAAUCCGUGGAGAGGACCCCGGAAGACAUAAUAAGGUCUGUGAAGGUGGAAAAGGAAGGAACGCCGGGAGAGUCGAUUGAAGACAUCUAUGCUAAUAUCCCCGACCUUCCAAAAUCCUACGUCCCUUCCCGGUUAAGGAAGGAAAGAAAUGAUGGACUAGAAGAUGAUGAGCAAAAUAGAAAAGCGCUGUACGCCAUGGAAAUCAAGGUGGAGAAAGACCUGAAGACGGGCGAGAGCACGGUCCUGUCCUCCAUCCCGCUGCCGUCGGAGGACUUCACGGGCGAGGGGGUGAAAGUGUACGACGACGGGCGCAAGUCGGUGUACGAAUGCCGGCCCACCACCCCGCAGCGGGAGAGAGCCGCCCCCGGGCCCCCCCUCCAGGAAAGGAGCCAGAGGCAAGCGAAUGGACUGGGAGGCGACAGGAACCACUCCGUCCACCACGUGGACAACGGGCUGUCGGGGGAGAGGGGCGACCGCUGGCAUCCUGACAGCCCCCCUCGAGGAGGGCUCGCUCGGAGGUUUGAGCGCCAGAGCCCUUCUCCCACGUGGCGGGCCGAGGAAGACGUGCGAUUCAACAUCGUGCACUCGCUGCCUUCUGACAUGGACGGCGCGGAGCCCGUGACCAUGAUCUUCAUGGGGUACCAGCAGGCAGAAGACCAUGCGGAGGAGAGGCUCCUGACGGGCUAUGACGGCGUCAUCCAUGCCGAGCUGGUUGUCAUCGAUGAGGAGGAGGGCGAGGGAGAAGCUGGGAAACCUGCCCCCCAGCCCAGGGCGCCCCACGGUCAGGCGCCCCAGCCGGCCAGGCCGACACCUCUCCCCAGGAAGAGAGCGGAGGUCAAGCCCCCAGAGCACACACGCCACCCUUCUCCCCACAGACACUCCAUGUCGCUGAGAGAGCAGGAAGAACGCCUGGGCAGCCCCGUCCACCCGCCUCCACACGCCACGCCGAUGGCCGGGGACGGCACGGAGGACCCGUCGCUCACAGCUUUAAGGAUAAGAAUGGCAAAGCUGGGGAAAAAAGUUAUCUGAGAGGUGUACCGUCUACAUAAACAUACUUUGGAGAAGAAACUACGAAAUGUUUGCCACUUUCUCUCCUGGAUACUGUGUUUCUUUCUUUUUCUUUUUGAUCCAAAAAAAAUUACGAUUAUAUCCAUAUUAAGCCAUGUGAGUAAGCAGUAGCCAUUAUUUGUAAAAUAUAUAUAUAUAUUGCAAAAAAGCUGGGAGAACGAACACUCAGCUUUUCCAGUUACUUGACAUGAUUCAGUGGGGGUGAAAACCAGAAUAUUUUUAUUGUCUUGAUACCAAAGCAUUUCUAAUAAGAGCUUGUUAAAUUUAAGAAUAAAGUUAUUUAAAAUAG